AGUAGAGCUCUGAUGACUCCUCUGCCAUUCUUUUUCUUUUUUACAAUAUGUUGAUUGAUAGGCCCACAACACUGGAAGCAAGCAACCAACACAAACUCAUCUCAUCAAUCACUUAACAAACACACAUGAAUUCACAAUUAACAAUACAAUUGUUUUGACACCUUUUCUCAUUUCCCCCAUUUCUGUUCUUCUUCCCACUUGGUUCUUUUUUUUCUUUUUUUUUUUUUCCUUUCAAAGUUUCUGAUGAUUUGGGGAAGAUCUGCCUCCGUUUCUACUUUUGAGUUCUUUUCCCUGCUGCUUGGUGUCUGAUGAGAUGCAUCCUCCAUUGUUGAAGGUUCUACCAAUGGCUUUCCUCUAACAUUUUUUUUAAUGUAAUUGAGGUUGAAUUUUGAAGGACCCUUGAUUCAUUUUUUGUGUAACUUGGAUAACCUUUUUUUUUCUUUUUCUUUUUUGAGUUUGCUGGAAAUUAGUUGAGAUACUGUUCUAAACCAAGUAUUUUCUCUACUUUGGGAUUGAGAUUGAGAUUGGUUGAGAUACUGUUUUAUUUCCAUUGCUCAUUGAUCUCAUUGGAUUAGCUACUUGAUUGUCUGCUGGUUCUCAAAUGGGGAAGAAGAAUGGCUGGUUUUAUUUAGUCAAGAAGCUAUUUAUUUCAGAGUCACAGCAAAAGCCUGAGAAGAAGCAAAAGAGAUGGAAAUGGGUGUUUGGAAAGAUGAGGAACAAAAGACUAGCCACACUAACAGCGCCAUUGCCACCAAAAGCAACGACGACAUCGAGACAAGAGGAGGAAGAAGAGGAAGAGGAGAGGAAGCAGGCUCUUUCUGUGGCCAUUGCAAGUACUGCAGCGGCCGAGGCGGCAGUUGCAGCAGCUAAGGCUGCUGUUGAGGUCGUUUGGCUCACAGGGACCACUCAAUCUCAUCAACAAGAGGCUGCAGAAGAAGUCUUUAAGCCUCUCAAAAAGGCUCCUCCACCUGAUCUCCUUAAACAUGAAAGGGAAAUCCAUGAGUUUGCUGCUAUUACUAUCCAAACUGCUUUCCGUGGCUUCCUUGCGAGAAAAGCGUUGAGAGCACUGAAAGGAAUAGUGAGGCUACAAGCAAUUAUUAGAGGGAGAGCUGUUAGGCGCCAAGCCAUUGCUACUUUGAAGUGCUUGCAGUCCAUUGUUAGCAUACAAUCACAAGUUUGUUCAAAUAGACUUCAUCUUCCUCAAAACACUUACAAUUCCCCUGAAACGAGGCAGUUUCAGAGCUUGAAAGAUAAGAUCAUAAAGUUGGAUUCAAACGAUCAAAGGUGGGAUGAUAGCCUAUUAUCAAAAGAAGAAGCAGAUGCAGUGUUUUUGAGCAGGAAAGAGGCAGUGAUCAGGAGAGAGCGAGUGAAGGAAUACUUAUUCGCCCACAGGAGAUCUGCAGAAUCAGAAAGAAAGAAAGUACGAGGAAGAUGGAGAUACUGGCUAGACCAAUGGGUCGACACCCAACUCUCGAAAAGCAAAGAACUCGAAGAUUUGGACUCCAUUUUCACCUCAAAUCCGAAACACAAAGAGACAACAAACGAAAGAUUCAAACCAAACCCAACAACAAAAAACAUGGAUAGAACAACAGAAGAACACCCCCCCAACCAAUCUCCCUCUCGAAAACCAGCUCUGAAAAGCCCCUUUCAUCAUAAGAAGCAACGUUCGUUAGGAGGUGCAAUAGACUCAAACAGCUCAUUUUCAAGCUCCCCACUGGUACCAACGUACAUGGCUGCCACUGAAUCAGCAAAGGCAAAAUCAAGAUCCUUAAGCUCCCCAAAGCUAAGGCCAGCAGGGGGAUUGGACACUUGCUCUGAUGGGAAUUCUCCAUGCAAGACAAAGCAGCUGUGUUUGGUUUCUUCAAUGGUGAGUGAAGUUGGAAUUAGCAGUGGGAGAAGAGGUUUUCAUCAACAGCAAAGAUCACCAGGGCUGAAGGGGCUUCCAGGGCCGACAAGAUCAAGCAGAACUCUUACCAAAGAUUUGAGCAUUGAUUCUGAGCAUUCCUUGCCAAACUGGGAUAGACAAAGUGCCUUCCCGUGAUUGUUUUCUUUGUUGGGCAGAUUGAUAUUAAAAUGAAUAUAGAAAACAGUUUGUGGUGUUGUGCUCAUAUAUCUAAUAAAAAUGUGUUUGAUGUUUGUAGAUCAAAAGUGUGCCUAUAUUUGAUGA